GUUGCUGUGAAGGUGACGGUCCCACCGGGGAGAGCGUCUGUAGAAACGGUAUCUGGGAGUUACAGGAGAUCUGCUGAACGUUGAGGUUCCUGUGGAAGCUGUGCGACAUUCCAUCCAGAAAGGAUGACCGCUGGAUCCAUCUGUGUACCGCAGAUUAUACCCCUUCGUGUUCCUCUUCCUGGUAAAGGGAAAUAUGAAGUAGACACCAACACACCGAUUGAAAUAAAAUCAGAUUCCCCAGAUGUGUCCAUAUUUUAUACACUGGAUGGAAGCAAGCCAGAUUUAUUUAAAAAGGUUGGGCACACAGAAAACACCACUUUAAAGUAUCGAGGUCCGUUUACAUUGCCUGAUGGUAAAAUCACUGUUAAGGCUGUGGCUGUAAGUAGAGACAACAGAGAAAGUGGCAUUGUGACAAAAGUGUUCAGUGUGGAGUAUGUUCCCCCAGAGAUAGACUCCUCAGAUGAAGACAAUGAUGAAAACUUCCUGAAAGAGCUCUCCAAAAAGAACACUGCCAAUAUUUCCUCCACUUUGAAGACUAAAAAGAAAGAUGGCAUGUCACAAAGAACUUCAGCCUGGAAUGAAGCAGCACAAAGUUAUAGAGAUCUUGAUCCAGAUGGGAGAAUCAGCCACAGGUCUGUAACUGGCCCAAGAUUUCUGAAUAGUCGCCUAGGGAAACCCAGCCAGGCAGAGGAGGCAGUGUCCAUACCCCAGACCCAGAGGUCACAGGUGAAUGACACAGCCGAACCAAUACUUAGGAAGAGUCUGACCAGUACGCAGAGCAUGAGAAUCCAGCGGGAGACAGAUUUCCUCAAGUGUGCCCACUGCUUAGCCCCUCGCCCAUCUGAUCCAUUUGCUCGCUUCUGUCAGGAAUGUGGCUCCCCUGUUCCACCAGUGCCUGGACGUCGCUUGCCACCGCCAGAGGGCGCUCAGAUGGGGCUGUGUGUGGAAUGCAGAACGAUGGUCCCUCUGAACACCCCCUCUUGUAUUGUGUGUGAAGCUCCUUUGUUUGCACAGAUGCAGCCCCAAGCUAGUAUUCAUCUCAAGGAUAAAACUGUGUGCCGUUCCUGUGGAACUGGAAAUCCCAUAAACCUAAAACACUGUGUGACUUGUGAGGCCAAGCUACCAGAAACCCAAACGCUAAUAUACAGCGGAGAGUCAGCACCUCCUUUACCUACCCAGACGGGAAAAAUGCAGGCUUGCUCCAAGUGUGGCCGUGUCAACUUGGCAGAUGCUCGGUUCUGUGACUGGUGUGGGGCAAAGCCAGGCCCCUCUGUCAGUUAUCUGACUUGCUCUAAGUGUGGGGCCAGCAACCAUCCCUAUGCCCAUUUCUGUGCAACCUGUGGGGUCUACCUGGAGCCUCCGGCACGAUUCUCAGCCCAGCAGAACAGGAUGAUAAACGGUACAGGCCGCAUGACACAAUCUGUGGCUUUAGAUGGUCGUGCUUCUUGGCAACCAUUAUCAGUCUCAUUGCCAGACCCUAGACUAGGGACCGAGAAAGUGGACAAAGGGUCGCAGACUGUGGGAUUGUUUUACCCUUCUAGCAGACUUAUGGAGAAGAAGGAGCUGGAGCUGUUAUCAGAGAAAGAGAAAAAGGAGAAGAUGAGUGAUCGCAGACCUCUUGUAACAGCAGUCAGUCCAGGCCGAGGCUAUUGGAGGCAGCAGCUGGAUCACAUUUUUGCCCAUUUGCGCUGCUAUACACAGAACGACUCUGAAUUUAAAGCAUUGAUUGGAAAACCUCGAAUGGGAAGAAUCAUAUCAGCCACAGUGCAUGAAGAUGGAUAUGAAGUCAGUCUGAGGUUAAACUAUGUCUUAGUGACAGACAAGAAUGUUGUGACUGGAAAGCCAAUGAAUCUGUCCAGCAAUCACUUCCUGAGCAAUGUGACAGAAGGCAGAGAUGAUUUGGAUGAGACACAAUCCAGUGUGGCAAGCGAGGAUGGGCUGAGUGCCAGAAGCAACAACUCAAAAAACAAACGGUCCAAGAGGAAAAAUAGGAAGCCACUACAGAAAGAAGAUCGACUUCCUCCUGAAGAUCGCAAACUUUUCAAGGAAGUUGGACCCAAAGGUGAUGGCAGGAUUGCUACUGUUGAGGAACUCUUGGACGAGGGAGCAGAUCCAAACUGUACUAACAACGAAGAUCGUCCGGUGCUGACAGUGGCAGUUCUCAAUGGACAUGACAAAGUCAUACCUGUCCUAGUACAGAAAGGAGCUGACAUAGACCAGCAGUCUGGAACGAACAAUAACACUGCUCUCCAUGAGGCUGUCCAGCUUGGCAUGGAAGGCAAGAAGUGCACUGAAGUCUUGCUUGGAUGCAAUGCAAGCAUAAAAAAGAAAAACAAUAAAGGGAUGACAGCAUAUGAUUUAGCUUUAAAGAGUGGAAAUGAACAGAUCUCCUCGCUGUUUGCCUCCAAACUGGGACAAGGUAUGCUGGAUAAACUCACCAAGCCAAAGAACAUCAGUCUGGAUGUUUUCUAAGUAG